CUCACUUUUCCAACAGUGUCUUAUUCGUCGCUGCACGUUUAAAACUCAUCUUAAGUCGAGCUUACUUUAUUUAACUUCAAUUCAAAAUGCGUCUUGCACUGUCCGUCCUUGUUGUUUUGUUGGCUUAUGUAAGCGCUCAGGAUCAGCAGCCCCAGUACAUUGUCUACCGCAAUCCUUACCAGGCUCCUUACUACGGAGAUGCCGUCAUCAACCCUGAAGACCCACGAUUUUUCCGCCCGACGACUACCACGACGACGACGUCAACUUCCACCGUGACUUGCACCAAGUCCACUGCUGCUUGUGGUGGCCGCAGACGUCGCGAACUUCUGUUUGCCGGAGAAGAGGAAGAGCAGUUCCCCAUUGUUCCCACAGCCGUCAAAGGAGUUGAACCCACCCAACUAUCCAGCCGAGAUGCUCGCGCUGCCGAUCCUCAGCAGGUGUAUGUUGUGCCACCUCAGUUCGCCUACCAGCCCCAGUCUGGAUUCCAGAGUGGUCCGUACAACUACCACCCAGUUGUUCUUCCUUUCUACGGCUCACAGUACCAACCUGCUCAGCGCCUUUUCUUUAAUCAGAUUCAAUCUGCUUUGACGGUGACCAAGACCUCAACUGUCUUCGCCAUCACCACCUCCACCUCAACUCCAGCUUGCUCUGUCGCCGGCACCAUCCCCCAAUGUCCAAAUGCUUAAUUUAUUCAAAACCAUUAUUUAAACAUGCUUUACGACGCGGGGAACAGAAUCGUAAUGCAUCUUGAAGCACUUUAUACUCUGUUUCUUAGUUAAAUACACACAUCAUAGCAUAAGCUA